AUGCUGCGCUCCUCCGUCAUCCGGGCCACGAGGAGCUCGGCCUGCAUCGUCCCCUCGUCCGCGACCCGACCAGCCCUUCGUGUGCCUCGAAUCGCACCCGCCGUGUGCCUCCAACAGCAGCAGACCCGCCAGGCACAUGCCAUCUCCAACCCGACGCUGGCUAACAUCGAGAAGCGAUGGGAGGACAUGCCCCCCCAGGAGCAGGCCGAUCUCUGGAUGUCGCUUAGGGACCGCAUGAAGGUCGACUGGAAGGAGAUGACGAUGCAGGAGAAGAAGGCCGCGUACUACAUUGCGUUCGGCCCCCAUGGCCCGCGAAGGCCUCCCCCUCCAGAUGAGGGCCGCAAGGUUUUCAUCCUCGUCUCGGCCAUUAUGGGCGUUUCAAUCGUCCUCUUCUCCCUCACCCGCGUGUUUGCGAACCCCCAACGACCGCGCACUAUGACGAAGGAGUGGCAGGAGGCAACAGAAGAGUACCUGAAGGCACAAGGCACCGAGACGAUUACCGGAUACAAGGGAAUGAUGGUACAGAGCAAGCCAGGGCCCAAGAACCAAUUCGGCGAUGAUGAGGAAUAGAGGAUGUCUAGACCAUCGUGGUGGCAUACAAACAAUACCAAAAUUAAUACCCAACUUAUUCCCUCUCUUUGGGUCCAACAGCGCAUUUCCUUUUGGUACUGUUUGCAUGAAGAUAUCUGAGGUCGAUGAGAGCGGUGCGGGUUCGCGAAUAGUGAAUCGCUGCUGAGUUGGCCGUUGUCAUAUUAGUCUCCCUGUGUACAGAAAUUAGACAGACCCAUUUCCUCAGCCUGUCCCUUUUGCGUAAUGCAUAUUUUAUUACGAGCUCGUAUGUGUAUACGUUCGUGCUCUACAGUCUCCGCU